CCACCUCGUCUCCCUUCCAAGCCCGUUUCCACCCUCCAAACCGAAACCAGAUCGAAAUCCUAGGGGCUAGGGUUACCUCCCGUCCCCAUCGUCCGAUCCGAUCCGCCAUUCCGAUCCACCACCGCCCAUCCAUGUCCCACCACGACGGCAGCAAGCCCUACCAGCCUCGCAGGGGGCCCGAGCGCCCCCCGCAGCCGGUGGCGGACGACCCAGCCGCCUUGCCGCCUCCCCUCGCCGUUGUUGCCCCGGCGGUGGACCACCUCGCGGCCGUGGCGGCCGAGGCGGAGGCGAUGAACCGCUACGCCGAGGAGCAGCAGCAGGUGCACGAGCAGGAGGUGGGGGAAGAAGAGGAGGAGGAGGACGAGGAGAUGGAGGAGGAGGACGAGGACGAGGCGGAGGGGCAGGAAGGCGGGGUCGGCAGAGAGGCCGUCCCCAUGGACGCGGAUGCUGCCGCUGCUGCUGCCGCGGCUGCGGCUGCGGCUGGCUUGCAGAUGGAUCCGCACGGGGCGAUGGUGGCCGCGACUGUGCCGCCCAUCUCGUCCAACCAGCUCACCCUCUCGUUCCAGGGCGAGGUCUACGUGUUCGACUCUGUCUCCCCUGAUAAGGUCCAAGCCGUGCUUUUGCUGCUCGGAGGAAGGGAGCUGAACCCGGGCUUGGGUUCAGCGGCGUCAUCUUCUUCGCCUUACAGUAAGAGGCUAAAUUUCCCACAUCGGGUGGCAUCACUGAUGAGGUUUAGGGAGAAGCGGAAAGAACGGAAUUUUGAUAAGAAGAUCCGGUACACUGUUAGGAAGGAAGUUGCGCUUAGGAUGCAGCGCAAUAGAGGUCAGUUUACAUCUUCAAAACCAAAGCCUGAUGAAGCAACCUCAGAGUUGACAACUGCAGAUGGCUCCCCAAAUUGGGGGGCUCUGGAAGGCCGACCUCCGUCUGCUGCUGAAUGCCAUCACUGUGGUACUAGUGCAACAGCUACACCUAUGAUGCGUCGUGGACCUGAUGGACCAAGAACAUUGUGCAAUGCUUGCGGCCUCAUGUGGGCAAAUAAGGGCUUUUUGAGGGACCUAGCAAAGCCUCCUGUACCCCUUCAAGCUGUGCAAUCAGCUCCGCUUCUAGAUGGUGGUCAGAAUGGAAGUGCUGUAGCAGCGCCUGGCGCCGAGCUAGAGAAUCCUGCAAUAACCAUGGCCAAUGGCCACGAGUCAUCGACGUGAGCAGAGUGGUGUUUGUCUCAGUGCUGGGUGACAAGCAUCAUCCUGGAGUGAUCUCUAUUGUAGGCGGUCAACUGUUGUACUAUAACUUGAGUGGGAACCUGCUAGAUAUCGAGUACUUGGCGUCGUGUAGGUUUUAAGAGCUGCGACAGUGUUUUAUCUCACGGAAUCAUAUGCUUGCAGCCGUUAUGGCUAUAGCGAAUUUGUUUCUUGUUUUGAGUCAUGGCAGUUGAGUAACGAUGAAGUUCAUUACUUCAGUGCGAACACGUAUGUGCUGUAGUUAUUUGUAGAUCUCAAAGCAGAUGUUUUAGCCCGUGCA